AUUAAAAAUAUACAGAAAUGGAAGAACUGAGAAAGCUGGAACAAGUACAGAGAACGAUGUCAUUCAUGCAAACUCGUGGCUUUGUUUCAAACAAUCAAGAUUCCGAUCGCUUUCUGGCCAAUCUCAUUCUCCUCUUGGUACAACCCUGUGGAGAACUCAUCUUUGACAAGAAGUGCAGCUUGAUUUCAAAACACUUGCCCAGCCUUUCAGCUUCGUUUCUUGAGGAAGCAUCACUGUGGCUGAGUCAGGAUGGCACUCAACAAAACUGUAUUCCAAGUAGUAUUGUAGAAGAGAGUGAGUGCGAUUUGUUGCCAAGUAAUUAUGAUGACAGACCUAUGGUUGGACUUGAUGCUAUGCAGCGAGCGAAUUCUACGCUUGAGGAUUUUUGCAGAUCUUAUCUCAUGUUUCAUGAAAUGGAUGCUAGCAGUCCACAAGCAAUAUUCAAAUAUUUGCCGGUGCUGUCAUUCACAGAAAGUUAUAUAUAUCAGCUGGAUACUUUGAAUGAAAAAAUUCUUGAUGUGCCAACCAAUGAUUUUACUAGAGGAUCUGAGGCAAUAAAUCAUAGACAGGUUUCAAAGUUAACGGAUGUGUUCAAAACUGUUCCAUUCAAACAACUUGUUGGUCUGCUAGAACAUCAUGGCCUUUUGACAGAGAGGAUCAGAGAAGAAUUAAGAUUUGGAGAAGAGUAUUGGGCUCUGGAAAGAAAGUUAUGUUGGGAAUUGAUGAGCAAAAAGCAAGUAUCUAUUGAAAAUGUUAUGAGAGCAAUUCAUCUAAAAUCAUUUGAUUAUCGGGUGCUGAAUCUUCUGUUGUAUCAGUUGAGAGGAGAAAAGGUGAAUGACUUGCACAUGGAAUUUCUUUCAAUCUCUGAAUUUCUAGUAGAAAUAUCUGAUGAUCUGUUUGACUAUGAGGAUGAUGUUUUGGAGAACAAUUUUAACAUUUUGCGGAUGUUUGUCAGAAUAUAUGGACCAUCAACAGGCCCAACCAUGCUUGCAAAAUGCAUUACCGAAGCUGAAGAAAAGUACCAAGCUUUACUGAAAUCUUUAGACCCUGAACUAUCAAUUAACUACCAGAGAAGAUGCGAAGAAGCUACUAAAGAGGGUGGGAUGAUAUCUGGACAUCCUCUCGGCACAUGGAGUAUACCCCCCAUAAUAGCAGACGAGGAAUCAUAUAGAUCCAACUUGUCAAAUUUGAAAUGAGCGAUUCUUCCUCUAAAUUGAUUCUUCUGAUGUUUACGCAAUCAGGUUACUAGUUUCAUCUAACAUGGCAAAGCUCCAAUAUUACAUUUGGAUUUGGUUUUGAGACAUCAAUUUAGUUUUAGUUCUGCUUGACAGUUUGUUUAGAAGGCUGUGCGAUAACUAAAACAGGCAGAGUUAUUUAGGGAUGAAGAAUAAAAAAGCGUGUAUCAUUAUCAAGGCUGUGUUUGUUUCAGUUUUGGGAAUACUACUUUUAGUAUUCCCAAAAAAGUUAAAUAGUAAAAUACCCAAAAACUCAGAUUUUUGGGAAUAUUA